CUGAGUUACAUGAAGGCAGGUUGACUGCAUGGACCUUUACACACUGAAUAAUGAUCACCUUUCCAUACUUUCCACUAUACCUCAUGGAAACUUUGAAAUGCAGGAGUUCACUACAUGUAUAUGUUAUGUUUGUGUUUCUUACAACGGUCAGCAUGGGGUCAGCAUGUGAGGCUCCUUCAGCUCCUGAGUGCUUCAGGAGAAGGGCUGACGACACAGUUUACAAGUGCGAAUGGAGCAUGAAUACAAUAGAAAAGGAUGUGACAUUUGAUCUUUACUUUAAUGAAACAAAAUUUGGGAGAACUAAGGAACCCCAGCAGUGCAUCAGUGACGAGCUGCUGAUCAAAAAUCGGCCUGUUAACAUUUGGGUAGAAGCUCAUGUAGGAAACUCCAGCUGCAGAUCACUCAGGAGGUCUGUUAAACUCAAGCACAUAGUUAAGUAUGAUGUGCCACAAAAUAUUGUGGUGUCCUGGUUAAAAAACAACCUCAGUUUAAUCUGGGAGGCUGCAGAGAACAGUCCAGCUACAGCUGAGGUCUUGUUUCGACGAAACAAGACCUCAGAAUCAUGGGAAAAAAUAUCAACUACUACCAUUAUGUUGACUGCACACAGGCCUAAAGACGUAUCAACGUCUCACUGUCAAAGUCAGAAAAAAGAGGUGAAACUUGAAUACCAGGUCAUUGUUGUGAAUCUCUUGAGGAAUUCAACUUACCAGGUUCAGAUUAGACAUCAGUCCACUAAGGUCCAGAACCCACUGUGGAGCAAAUGGUCUCCAGUUAUGCUUGUUCCUGCAGCGCUUGAACAUGAACCUGAGGUCACCAUGAAAACAAAACUUUUAAAUGGCACUCGAAAGGUGAUGCUAACUUGGAAGCCGAUGCCACAUGCAGCAGCAAUCAGAGGAGUGACCUACAGACUGGAGGACACACAGUCUUCUCAUGGAUGUCCUUGUGCGAGGACAGAGAGAAGGAGGCAUAACACCAGCGAAACAAGUUACACUACUUACGUGUCGUACUCUGCUGUCAACAUCUCUGUUAUUGCCAUAAAUGCAGCAGGGUGUUCUCCUUCAGCAAUUGUACAAGUACCCGCCAAACCUGCUGCAGAUUUAAAAGUUUGUGACAAAACAUUGUCGAACUUAAACUUAAACAAGAAAAAUUGCAAGCAGUGGUACGAGCUUCAGGAUGAAGAUUCAAGGCCAGGAAAUGUGAUUACUUUAGCAUCUAAGAAAAAAGGAGAAAGGAAAAAAGUAAAGAAGAGCAUAAAGGACUAUGUCCGCUACCUUUACUUUGAACACAAAUGUGAUAAUGGAAAGCCACGUACAGUUGAAAUGUGCCUCUUUUACCAAAAAGAGGGUGCACCAAGCAGAGAACCUCAGGAGUUUGUUGCUUUUAGCGAAACACACAAUUCUGCUGAUCUGUCCUGGAAAGCGAUUGCCACCAUGGACCAGCGAGGAUUUCUCACACACUACAGCCUGUGCAGUGUGAAAAUUAGCUCACAGGAUGAACCAAAAGACUGUCAUAACAUAUCAGCAUCGCUGCAAACAUACCACCUGGAAAACUUGACACCUGGAGCAAAAUACAACAUCAGCCUGACUGGAGUAACCCGUGUGGGAGAAGGACCUAAAGCCACAAUAACUAUCAAUACAUUGCCAGAGAAGCCACUGAACGUGUGGUUGAGUUUUGGCCUGCUGUUUUUGUUUUUUUUAAGCUCAACAGUAUGCACCGUUGUCUUGAAGAGAAUCGCAAACAAGGUCUUUCGCCCUGUGCCUAUGCCUGUUAUUCCAGAUUUCACCCCCAAUCAGCCGGAGAAUCAGCAGGAGAUGCUGGAUGAGAUAGAGGAGGUGCAUGAGCUGACCCUGCUCCAGCUGCAUCCAGAGGGGAAGUCUUUCCCUGACGAGGCAUGGGAGACCACUGACCUCCAAGAAGAGUGGGAUGAUGGGCGUGAUGUGGACGCAGAAAAUGAGAGCAGUGAUUCGAGGAUGUCAGGAGAAAUCAGCGAUGAGAGCCCUGGCUCUACAGAUCAGGCACUGAGGAGCUCCAGGGAAGGAGGAAUCACAGAUCUCGAACAGGUGGACAACGAGAUUGCCAUGCUGAUAUACAGGAAUGGUUUGGUCUUAAAAUGAUGUAAGUGCAGACUUUACUGCCUCAUAACACAAAGUUGCACCAAGGGUUUACACAUUUGUUCACUUCUAAAGACGUGAUGAAUGCAUUUCUUGCUUUAAGAGUUUUAUCUUUUUGGACAAUAACAUAUUUGCAAAAGCAUCUUGUUAUGGAGAAUGUAGUUUUUCCUGUUUGACAUUUGCAUGUUUUUCAAUUUUUCCAGUAACAUUUUAAGAUCAGUGUUCGACAAUUUAUUUCAACAUGGUCAACAGUAUGGCCUUUAAAUCUUACUCAUUGCAAAACUAUAAAAUUUGAUCAAAUGUAAUAAAACCAUAACACUUUAAACAAUGAUCAGAUAAACAAAAUUGUUGGUCAGUGUGAAAUGAAACCUGAGACUGACAAAAAAAAGCAUGGGAUGUAACGGCUGCAGCAAGAAGAGAACAGAAGAGAACAUGUGACAGGAAGUGGUCACAACAAAAAGAGAAUGACCUUUCAAAAACGUACUUCAGGCAAGGUAAAAACCUAGAUUAUUCAUAGCCAAAGACAUAUGUGGUGUUUUCGAUCUACCUUGUUAAAACUAGAACAUGCCAUGUUGAUUCGUCAGAAGUGAUGACAGCCUUACUUCAGUUUUCACCACACUGCACUUUAAGUUCUCAGAAAAAAAAAAAAAAGGUUUUGUUUACCCCUUCCCUUGUAUUGUUUGGUUGUGACCCGCUUGAGGAGAGUGAAGUCAGUAAGAAUGUCCCUCUGUUGUGUUGCGUAUUUUAUCUCUCACCACAUCAAUAUCAAAAUCACAGACCACAGACGGUGGCCUAUCAUCUGAUAAACAUGAUGUGUGGUUAAAAUACUAUCAAAUGAUACUACAGUGUUUUGUCAGUGAGUGUAUACAGUGUAAGUGGACUUAAGUUUCCAGAGCUUAUUUUAUCAACAUUUAUUAGCAUAUUUAUGCUGUGUGUGUGUGUGUGUGUGUGUGCGUGUGUGUGUACAGGUGCUCCUAAUAAAGUGCUCACUGGAGGUAGUUUUUAUGACUUUAUACUGUAUACUACUGGGAAGUUUCUUUUCUGUAAUAAUAAAAACCAGGAUUUAUUUGUUGAUUAUAUUUCUUAUUAUUAAUCUGAAUCUGAAAAGUAUCUGAAGUUCUCAAAUAGAUAUAAUGAGCUGAAAGGUACAUUUGAUUCUGAAAUGUAGUGAAGAAGAAGUAUAAAGCAGUAAAACAUGAAAAUACUCAUGUAGAGUACAAGUACUUCAAACUUGUGCUUAAGUGAAUGUUCUUAGUUACUCUUUACCACUGUAUAUUGGUGCUUGUAAAGGAUCUGAACAGUGCUGUAAUGAUUAAUUGAUUCGUGAGUCGAAAGAGAAUAAAAUGGCAACUAUUUUGCAAAUCGA